AUGUAUAUAUGGCAACACGUGUGUCGUUUGUCUGUGUCCGCUAUUGUAGUAUGAAUUAAGGUCUUUCACACUUUAUGUGAGAUCAGAAUUAUGAAUCGUAAAUGGGCACCUAUGUAUUAUGGUUUCAGCCUAACAUCAGCAAAAAAAUCUGGCAGCAAGAAAGUGAAAUUUAAUUUUUUUUUAAUGUAGCUUGUUUACAAAAAGUAUUGAUACAAAUUUCAGAAAUAUUGUCAGACAGGCCGAGACCCUGGUUGGACAUGCUACGGGUUUGAACGUGAUAAAUUAGAUUAAUGAGGGAGUCGUCGUUCAUUCAUAGCGAGAUUUAAUGUGAACAUUCUCUGGUUACUAGUUUUCAAGAACUCUGGCAGCUUCUUCUGAACUGAAGUUAGCCAUAUGUUGAAUUUAUCCUGGUGAUUGUCAACAGCUUGGCUGGAAGGUGGGCUGGAAUCUCUCUUGCAUGUUGUAUGGUUUUAGUGAAGUGCUACUAGAAAAGUAGACAUUUGUCCCUGCCAUUAUGGAAGUGGAUGAGGCUUCUGAUGAUGUUGCUGACAAGUGUGAGGACAAGCCACUAAGCUAUCCAGCACCAACAUAUGGCAGGAACCCACACUCAGCGCUCCAAGGAAAAUAUGAUGAAAAUAGGUGACUAUGUAGUCAUACAGAGGAAGAAUUAUUCAAAAAUUCACAAAAUUUCCAACAAAUUGUCAGUGAUGAUUGGAAACAACCAAUUGGAACUGGAUAACAUCAUUGGACGACCUUUUUCCACAACCUUCAGAAUGGUGCCAAAGGAAAAGAAAAGAAAUGUUUUUGUGUUGGAGGAGUGUAGCAAGGCUGAAAGCCUUGUUGAAAAGCUUAUAAAGGAUGUUGCCAGUGGAACAGACAAUAGAAAUAUAGUUAGUGAUAACAGUUCUCAAAAAUUAUCCAAGGAGGAGAUUGUCAGCUUGCGUGAUAGUGGAAUGUCUGGUUGUGACAUAGUAAGUCAGCUUUUAGAGAACAGUAAAACAUUUCAGGAGAAAACUGAGUAUUCUCAAAAGAAAUAUUUAAGUAAGAAAGAAAAGAAGUAUUUUGAUUAUGUGUUAAUUAGGAAACCUACUCUAAGAUUGGUGUGUGACAUAAUUUAUAAACAAGACCCUAUGAAAAUAAUAGGUUUGCGUUGUGACACACUCUCUCAACUGAUUACUGGUAUAGGUGUCAGUUCAGGUGGGACAUACAUAGUUUAUGAAAGCUCCUGUGAGGGAUUACCGACAGCAGCACUUCUCAAUUAUUUAGGUGACGAUGGGUAUUUAGUACAUACUUUCCCAGGAAUGACACCUCAAAGACAGGCAAUUUUUGCUAUGAAUUACAGUGAGUCCCAGAAAAAGCGACUAAUCAGUGUUAGUAUCAUGAGUCUCAUGGAAAAAUUAAAUAAAAAAGUUGCUAUUGUAAGUAGUACUAGUCAUUCACAGACAGGAGACCAUGUACAACAAGAUAUUAAUAACGGAGGGGAAAGUGGUCAUUCAGAACUUACAGGUGUCACUGCUUUUAUGUCUAGUAGCUGUGGCGCAGUGAUGAAUGAGGAAAGUGGAAGGCAUGUAGACGUGUGUCCUGAUACAAAUUUGAAGCAGAGUGUAGAAGAAACAGAGUUCAGUAGGAAUGAACUUUUAACAGGGGAUCAGCUGUCAUGUGAUAGAUCAGAUGAAAAUAAUCAUUUUAUUUUGAAUUCAGGUGAUAUUAGGUUAGAUGAUUCAGGGAGUGGAGUCACGCCUCAGACCUUAACAUCAAGUAAUGACGGCCGAGAGGAAGAAAGAAUUUUUCAUGACCUUAAAAGAAAAAAUGCAGUCUCUGAAUUGAACGAAGUAAAGAAACCACGUUGGGAGGUGGAUUUAGACAGAGCUGUGGAUUUGCUGUCACCACAAAAUGUUGACGGUCUAGUUGUUGUUGGACGUGAAGAUCCAGCUGACAUAGUUUUACCGUUGCUACCAUACCUCGCUCCAUCAAGAAAUUUUGCUGUAUAUUCCUGGUGUCGUGAGCCUUUAGUUGAACUUUACAUCAAAUUAAAGAAGGAUGGUGGUGUCAUUAAUGCUCACCUUACAGAAACAUUCUUUCGGACUCAUCAGGUUCUUCCCAACAGAACACAUCCUGAUAUUCAGAUGAGUGGAAGUGGAGGCUAUAUAUUAUUGGGAACAGUAGUGCUUCAGCAUUCACCAAAAGAAAAAAAUAAUUAAUUUUAGUAUUUUUUGACGCGAACUUUAUAUUCAGUGGUGGUGUUAAAUGUUGAAUCAAUACAUCCACUCUUUUUCAUUUUUGAUUUUACCUGUUUGUAUUGAGAAGAACUAGCUAACAGUUUUAUAUGUUCUUGAGACAUCUCAUAUCCACAGCAUGUUCUAGAUAAUUAAAAUGUUAAAAUAAUUCUCUAAAGAAAUAUAUUUUUGUGAC